AUGGCUACCACAUCCGGCUCUGCGAACCCUCUGGGUGAGCAGACUGCUCCUGUUACCGGUCCCCCUCCCGCCGUCCCCCAAAAUGUCCAGUCUGAGAUCCAGCAAGCCGCCAAAGAUAGUCAAUCCGAACCGGGCAAGGAUACCUCUGCGCCUCCUGAGGGUAAAGUGAAGACGGAGAAGGAAUUGGAAAGAGAGCGCAAAAAGGCCGAGAAAGCGAAGAAAUUUGCUGAAAAGAAGGCAAAGGCUGCCACCGCGAAACCUGCGCCACCCAAGGCCGAGAAGAAAGAGAAGGUCAUCGACAAGACCACCGACGCAUAUGACCCAGCAACAAUUGAAGCUGGUCGGUAUGAGUGGUGGGAGAAGAAGGGCCUGUUCAAGCCUCACUUUGAUGCAAAUGGCGAAGUCAAGCCCGAUGGUGUCUUCUCAAUGGCUUGUCCUCCUCCUAACGUCACUGGUGCGCUUCAUAUGGGCCACGCCCUCAUGGUGGCUCUCCAAGAUACAAUGACUCGUUACUACCGAAUGAAAGGCAAGACAACCGUGUGGGUGCCGGGUACAGAUCACGCAGGUAUUUCGACUCAGAGCGUGGUUGAGAAGAUGCUGUGGAAGGAGAAAAAACAAACUCGUCACGAUCUCGGUCGACCGGAAUUCUUAAAGUUGACACAAGACUGGAAGGACAGAUAUCAAGGAUCUAUCCUCACUUCGCUGAAAGCAAUGGCCGCCUCGCUGGAUUGGUCGCGUGAGGCUUUUACGAUGAACCCCAACUUCUCCGCCGCUGUUACCGAAACUUUCUGCCGUCUUCAUGAAGAAGGGACAAUUUAUCGUGCCAAUCGUCUCGUCAACUGGUGCUGCGCCUUGAAUACAUCUUUGUCCAACUUGGAGGUCAACAAUCAAGACAUUUCUGGCCGAACGUUGCUUGAUGUUCCUGGCUAUGAGAAGAAGGUUGAGUUCGGUGUCCUUACACACUUCUGCUACGAGAUUGAGGGAACAGGAGAACGCAUUGAGAUCGCUACCACUCGACCUGAAACCAUGCUUGGUGAUACCGGUAUUGCUGUACAUCCCGAUGACAAGAGGUACCAACACAUUAUCGGCAAAAAUGCUAAGCAUCCAUUCGUCGACCGUCUUCUUCCUAUUGUUGCAGAUUCAACUGUUGCCAUGGACUUUGGUACCGGUGCCGUCAAAUUGACUCCUGCUCACGACUUUAACGAUUAUGCUCGUGGAAAGCAGCACGGCCUUGAGUUUGUGUCAAUUCUGAACGACAAUGGCACCCUCAAAGACAACUGUGGUCACUUCUCAGGUAUGAGGCGAUUCGAUGCGAGAUAUGCUGUCAUUGAGAAGCUCAAGGAAGCCGGUCUUUACGUCAAGUGGGAGAACAAUCCUAUGGUUAUCCCCCGCUGCGAAAAGAGUAAGGAUAUCAUUGAGCCUGUGCUCAAGCCACAGUGGUGGAUGAAGAUGGAUGAUAUGGCAAAAGCCGCCAUGGAAGCUGUCGAGAAGAAGGAAAUCACCAUCAGCCCCCUCUCUGCUGAGAAGAACUUUUUUCAUUGGAUGAGAAACAUCCAGGAUUGGUGCAUUUCCCGUCAGCUUUGGUGGGGCCACCAAGCACCUGCCUACCUCGUUCAAGUUGAAGGCCAGGCGGCCGACGAUGGUGAUAGCAACUUGUGGGUGAGCGGGCGAACGGAAGAAGAGGCUCAAGCCAAGGCUGCCGCCAAGUUCCCAGGCCAAAAAUUUACUCUCAAGAGAGAUGAAGAUGUUCUCGACACAUGGUUCUCUUCGGGACUGUGGCCUUUUGCAACGCUUGGAUGGCCAAACGCUGAUAGCCACGACUACCAAAAACUCUUCCCCACUAGCACCUUAGAGACUGGUUGGGAUAUUCUUUUCUUCUGGGUCGCGAGAAUGAUCAUGCUCAGUCUUAAGCUAACAGGAAAGGUGCCUUUCAAGGAGGUUUACUGCCAUUCCUUGAUUCGGGACAGUGAAGGUCGUAAGAUGAGCAAGUCCCUUGGUAACGUCAUUGACCCUCUUGAUGUUCAAAAGGGUAUCACUCUGGAUGCUCUCCAUGAGAAGUUGAAGCAGGGUAACCUUGCUGAAAAAGAAAUCGGGGUGGCUACCAAGUACCAGAAGAAGGCUUUCCCGAAGGGUAUUCCAGAGUGCGGUGCUGAUGCUCUGCGCAUGGCUCUGGUUUCUUAUACCACUGGCGGUGGUGACAUUGCGUUCGAUGUUAACGUCAUCUUCGGAUACCGUCGAUUCUGCAACAAGAUCUACCAAGCCACAAAGUUCGUUCUUGGAAAACUUGGCUCUGACUUCGUUCCUCUUCCCAAGCCUACCAAGACCGGGCGCGAGUCUCUUCCUGAACGUUGGAUUUUGCAAAAGUUCAACACGGCCGCCAAAGAGAUUAACAAUGCUAUCGAGACACGAGAAUUCUCCAACUCUGCAUCAACCGCAUACCAAUAUAUCUACUCACAACUAUGUGAUGUCUACAUUGAGAACUCCAAAUCUCUGCUCCAGUCUGAUGCCCCCGUCGAAGUCCAAGAAUCGGCCAAACAGACUCUCUACACCGCCCUAGAAGGCAGUCUCUUGCUCAUUCACCCCAUCAUGCCUUAUAUCACCGAAGACCUCUGGCAGAGACUUCCCCGCCGCGAAGGAGACAAGACCGAGUCCAUCAUGGUAGCCCGGUUCCCCGAAUACAACGCCUCCUUCGACGACCAGGCUGCCGAGAAGGCGUACGAACUCGUCCUUGAUACUUCCAAGGCCAUUCGUUCAAUUCUCGCUCAGUACGAAGUCAAGGAGAAAUCCGACCUCAUCCUCGCGACUUACAACGAAGCAAGCCACAAGACCCUCUCCGACGAAGUCGCCGCCAUCAAAUCCCUUGGUGGCAAGUACGCCGGCGAAAUCACUGUGCUUGGACCUGACGCCAAGUCCCGCCCCGAUGGCUGUGUUGUGAGCCCCGUCGGCGCCGACGCUGCUGUCUAUCUCAAGGUCUCGAAACAGGUCGCUCUAGAGCAGGCUGAAAAGGCCAAGGCCAACCUGCAAAAGACACUUGACACUGUGGCCAAGAUCCAAAAGACGAUGAGUACCCCCGGCUGGAGGGAGAAGGUCAAGAUUGAGGUUCAGGAAUCAGAAGAAAAGAAACUCCGCGAUGCAGAGGGCGAAGCCACUUUGAUCGAGGAACAGAUUCGUGAAUUGGAGAAACUGCGCUUGGACGCUUAA